UUAAGUAUAUAGGCAAAAGAUCCGGCUUCAUCACCACCAUCUCUCUACACAUCGAGAGCUCAAAAUUUCUGUGUAGAAAGAAGAAAACCCCUUAUUAACUUUACCUUUAAACCCUAGUUUUAUCAUCCUCAUCAUCAUCAAUAAUAAUGCCUCCAAAGGCCUCUAAAUCAAAGGAUGUACCCACUGAGAGACCCAUUAUGGGUCGAUUCUCAUCUCAUCUCAAAAUUGGAAUCGUUGGGUUACCGAAUGUUGGGAAGUCAACCCUUUUCAACACCCUUACAAAGUUAGCUAUACCAGCAGAGAACUUUCCUUUCUGUACCAUAGAACCAAAUGAGGCCAGGGUCAACAUCCCUGAUGAGCGUUUUGAAUGGCUUUGUCAAACAUUCAAGCCAAAGAGUGAGGUGUCAGCUUUCUUGGAAAUCCAUGAUAUAGCUGGACUUGUUCGCGGAGCUCAUGAAGGAGAGGGAUUAGGGAACAAUUUUUUGUCUCACAUUCGUGCUGUUGAUGGAAUUUUCCACGUGUUAAGAGCAUUUGAAGAUUCGGAUAUCAUUCACGUCGAUGAUAUUGUUGAUCCAGUACGAGAUUUGGAGACUAUAUCUGCGGAAUUGCGUCUGAAGGAUAUUGAAUUCAUGUCGAGGAAACUUGAAGAUCUUGAUAAGAGCAUGAAAAGGAGCAAUGACAAACAGUUGAAAGUAGAACAUGAAUGCUGUGAGAAGGUCAAAGCAUGGCUUCAGGAGGGAAAAGACGUCCGUCUUGGAGAUUGGAAAGCUGCAGAAAUUGAAAUUCUGAAUCCAUUACAAUUACUUACUGCUAAACCUGUUGUCUACUUGGUCAACAUGAAUGAGAGAGACUAUCAAAGGAAGAAGAACAAAUUUCUUCCCAAGAUACAUGCUUGGGUGCAAGAGCAUGGGGCUGAGCCAAUACUUCCAUUCAGCUGUGUUUUAGAGAAGAAUCUUGCUGACAUGCCAGAGGAUGAAGCUGCAAAAUAUUGUGAGGAGAACAAGCUUGUGAGUGCACUUCCAAAGAUUAUAAAGACCGGAUUUUCUGCAAUUAAUCUCAUCUAUUUCUUCACAGCCGGCCCUGAUGAGGUCAAGUGUUGGCAGAUUAGACGACAAUCAAAGGCUCCUCAAGCAGCAGGUGCCAUCCAUACAGAUUUUGAGAGAGGUUUUAUAUGUGCUGAGGUCAUGAAAUUUGAGGAUCUUAAGGAGCAUGGUUCCGAGUCAGCUGUUAAGGCUGCUGGGAAGUAUCGGCAAGAAGGAAAAACUUAUGUUGUCCAGGAUGGAGACGUUAUAUUCUUCAAGUUCAACGUCUCUGGGGGCGGUAAGAAAUGAGUCGUAUCAUCAAUUACAUCCCCCCCAUUUAGCAGAAUAUAAGAUACAAAACCGUUGAAGUUUUUUCUAUGAAUUGUAAUUUCUUAAAAUUUAUCUCCCCUCUAGUCUUGUUAUUAUGCGACUUCCACUGUUUAUUGUUUACAAUGAUGAGAGCUGGUUUUGUAUCUGUCAUUCCUAUAUGCUACUUUUCUUUUGCUAUAGCGGAGCUCCAAAUACGGAGCUUUGUAACAUUUCAUCUUUUUUCGCUGUUAGCAGUUUUACCCCUUUAGAAUAAGCUGUUUGAAUC